UGGGAUGGAGCUGCAGAGCUGCCUCCUUUGCACUAUUUACAGCACAGUAAAUAAUGUAAAUGGCAGCUUCUGCAGCAGCAGUUCCUUCUCUGUGAGUUUUCUGGCCACCUAGGUGGAUCACAACAGGCCUCCCGAGUCAGGUGUAAACAGCCUAGGCUAUGUGUGCCGUUUAUUGCAAGAGAGAUGCAUGCAUGGACCCUUUAAAGCAGUCACCCUGUGCCUGGCAGUGCUGGCAGAAGGUGCAGCUGAACCCACUCCUCCUAUGAGGGUCCCCGGGGCUGUUUCUGAACUUUAUUUGUGCACAGAGACCUGGCCUGGGCAGUGUGAGGUCCUGAGGGGGGGCUGCACCAUGAGGCCACACUCCUCUGCCUGAAUUCAGAGCAGAGACUGAAGGUUUCCCUUCACCUGCAGGCCUGGGAACUCCAGCUACACAGUAAUGUCAUGGUGGCAUUAAUCAGCCAGAGCAGCUUGUGAUUUAUUAACCUCCUAUCAGGGUUUGCAUUCUAAGUACUCAAGUUCAGUAUUUAUGAAUACAACACUGUUGAUAUGUCUGCCCUUGGCUCACUUUGUAGCUUCAGACUUCAUUGCCAAUUGAGCCUCCCAGAACCUCAGACCCAGUUCUCACCUCUGCUCCAGGUGCUCCUGGGGCCAGCAGGUGUUUCCUUCGCUGAGUCAGAGACAUUUCAUUUCAUAUGUAUCUGCAUCUGCUGCCACGUUUCAGGCAGAGUUUGAGCCCAGUGCAGCCCACAGGAGGGGCCUUCCUGGGGUCUGGGUGUUGGUGCUGUAGGAGCUGUGCUUACUGACUGUGUGUGGGAUACAGGUGCCGGUGCUGCGGCCCAUGGACCUGAUGGUGGAGGCCACCCCCCGCAGGGUGUUUGCCAACGCUCACACGUACCACAUCAACUCCAUAUCCGUCAACAGCGACUACGAGACCUACAUGUCGGCUGACGACCUGCGGAUAAACCUCUGGAACUUUGAGAUCACAAAUCAGAGCUUCAAUAUCGUGGACAUCAAGCCAGCCAACAUGGAGGAGCUGACGGAAGUGAUCACCGCCGCGGAGUUCCACCCCCACCACUGCAACACCUUCGUGUACAGCAGCAGCAAAGGCACCAUCCGGCUGUGCGACAUGCGCACCUCCGCCCUCUGCGACCGCCACGCCAAGUUUUUUGAGGAGCCCGAGGACCCCAGUAACCGCUCCUUCUUUUCUGAGAUCAUCUCCUCCAUCUCCGACGUCAAAUUCAGCCACAGCGGCAGGUACAUCAUGACCCGGGACUACCUCACUGUCAAGGUGUGGGACUUGAACAUGGAGAACCGGCCCAUCGAGACCUACCAGGUCCACGACUACCUGCGGAGCAAGCUGUGCUCGCUGUAUGAGAACGACUGCAUCUUCGACAAGUUCGAGUGCGUGUGGAACGGCUCUGACAGCGUCAUCAUGACCGGCUCCUACAACAACUUCUUCCGCAUGUUCGACCGCAACACCAAGCGCGACGUGACGCUGGAGGCCUCGCGGGAGAACAGCAAACCGCGCGCCGUCCUCAAACCCCGCAAGGUCUGCGUGGGAGGCAAGAGGAGGAAAGAUGAGAUCAGCGUGGACAGUCUGGACUUCAGCAAAAAGAUCCUGCAUACGGCUUGGCACCCUUCAGAGAACAUCAUUGCUGUGGCAGCGACAAAUAACCUGUAUAUAUUCCAGGACAAGGUUAACUAGGAGGACAAGUUAUUCUUUAGGAGUCUCUCAUGUACUGAAUACUAGUAAACACAAGAUUCCAAAUGUUUCUUUUCUUUUCUUUUUUUUUUUUUUUUUUUUUCUUUCUUUCUUUCCCAUUCCUCUGUUCAAUUGCUGCUCUGGGAAAGGCAGUGUGCAGGGGCAGGCGGACCAACUGCCGUGGGGCCGGGGCUGAGCAGCUCCCAGGUUUCCAUGUAGUGCUGGGAGCUCCGACUCGGCGCGGAGCAGCUGGGGGGGCUUCAGCUCCUGCUGUCCCAGCGCCCCGAGGCGUUGCUGUAAAGGUGGCUGACGGGUGGCGAGGCGGCAGGGCGCCAUCAGCUGCAGUGGGAGCAGACGGGGCGGCUGUGUGCACCGCAGUGCGGGGUGCUGGGCUUCUGUAAUCCAUGCCGAUUCUUUAAAGCUUAAUCCUAAAGAUCCCAGCUGUUGGUUCAGGAUAUCAGAGCCCUGUCCCCAUUUUUCACAUCUGUCAUUUUGCCGUCAUCAUUUCCUCUUCUUACCAACAGCAAAACCGAACACAGAAUGGAAUUGUUGCGCCCGGAGCUCCCAGGCAACUCCCCAGGAUUUGGCUUUGUCAAUACUGUGGUGCCUUUUGGGUAUAUGAAAUACCUUUAUAAAUGAUGCUUCCAAAACACACUGAUUGCAAACCAAACUGAACCUGGGCUUUAAUUUUUUUUCCUUUUUUUUUCCUCUUUCUGCAUUGUGGUCAUUGUUAUUGUCCUGUUGCUGUACACCUGCACUUCAUACUCUUUCUCUUUUUAAUUUAUUUAUUUAUUCUUUUUGUUUUUUUUUUUUUUAAAGAAAAAGUGUAAGUUGCUAAUUUAUGACAUUCUAAAAGAGAAUCCAGCCCAACACUGCUCUCAGCACCUGACCGCUUCCUCCAUGGGCUGCCCACGGUCCUAGAUUAUAAUAAUAAUAAUAAAAUCAGUAACUCUUCCUCUGUGCAUGGCCAGGCUCCCCCUUUCUACUGUUAAGAUUGUUCAGAUCCUUUUUUUACUCGAGCAAAUGUUGAAUUAAAAGAAUAAUUUUCAGUCUGGAAACAGCUCCUGCAAGACCCAGUGAACAAAUGAAGUCAGUACAGCACUCAACAGCACCACCGCAGCAGUGUCCCCAGGAGGGCGGCCCUGCUGAGCAGCUGUGCUGCAUCCCCCACACCUGUGUCCCACAGGGAAGCUCCCACCCUGCUCUAAGGGCAAAGUGCUCCCUGCCCACCGCCCCUCCUGUACUGCGCGCUUCGGACGCCCUGCAGCUCCUGCGGUGCCUCCGGCCCUCAGCCCCUAAAGAGGAGCCUGGGGAGGCCCUGCCUGGAUCUGCGGGGCAGGAGCAGGGGGCAUUCGCCAUCCCAAAGGGAUGAGUA